AUGGCAACUGCAGAUGGAGACGUCGAGCAUUUGCUCGCGACGAAGACAGCGACGCCAAUCGCACAGUUGGCCCCCGAACUGCCCGAUCAGGCGACUCGAAAAGUACACGGAGAAGUCACGAUCACCUGGCCGUUCAGCUCUGUCAGCAAGAGCGUUGCCUUCCUACUCGCCGAGCCAGACUUCCGACUGCGACGCGACAAAGGCCAGGUGCGCAUACAGCUCAAUGGCCCUAGCGCCGAGGUCGUCGGGGGCUUGGAGCUCGGGAGCGGCGAUGAGGUCACCUUGGAUCUGGACGGCGUGGAGUGGGCCAGGGACGAGGAACCUGCGCGACCACCGGGCUCUCGGUCGGAUUGGCAGCUGAAGUUCGUGGGAAAGCUCACGCUCAAGGUCACACUUGGCGAGUCUCAAGAAACCAAGUUCAUCAAUAUCGACCAACCUGUUCCCACCGAGUCAGAAGAGGCGUUCGAGCCCAUCCCAUUCGCCGAGAUCGACACGACCAUCUUCGACGACGAACCCCCGAUGCAGAAUAACGCUAAACCUGUUGUCAACGAGUACGCAUCGCCGAUAUUCAUGAAGAGGUCGAGGGCUUCAUACGCGCCCCUGUUUGAAUUUGACCUCGACGAAGAACUGGAGGCGGAUGGAGGCAGAAGAGGCAAGGGCCGCAAGCGGCCUAGGUACUCUGUGCAGAAUGGCAGGUGGAGAUACCGAGAAGAAAGCAGCAGUCCUGAGCCCGAGAUACUACAAAACUCAUCCUCGCCUGCCUCGGCACAAGAUGGUGAUAUCGUGAUGCAGGACACACCGUCGAAGCCUCAGAUGGCAGACGGGGCGUGCCAAACUUCCGAGCUGGAACUUCCACCACCACCCCAGAGUGUAGCAAAUACGCCGUCCAAGGCUCUCAGCAGGACAGGAUCUUCAUCCUCGCCCUUAAGUGGCAGGUCUCCAGGGACAUACAUGGGCGCCACCACGAACGCUGGUGUCCAAGCGUCGAUGUCGAGCCUUGAAGGUGCAGCCCCAACCCAACAACAGCCCGCCGCCACGGCGGGUAUGAUUCCUCCGGGAGUAGAAGACGGAACGAGGAACCAGGAUGAGAUGAGGGAGCAAGGUAUCCUAUCCCAGCCAGUCUUCGAACAAGGUGUUCCGCGGGCAGCUCUCCCGCAUGGCCGGGAAUCCUCGGCGGACGGAGACGACGAUUCGAUGGACAGCGAUGAGCAGGCAGACUACGAUGAGGACGAGAAAGGCGACGACUACGAUAUGAGAAACUACGAUCGUAUUUCGGACGACGAGGAGGGCUUCGAUGCCGAAAGGGGAGGACCUCUACCUGACGAGGACCUGCUAGAAGAGGACGAAGAUUUCGAUGAGGACGAAGAGGAUUAUGAUGACGAGGAGGAGGAUUACGAGGAAGGCGACUACGCAGGAGGGAUUGUCUAUCGACAGCCGAUAGUGCAAACUGCGCCGCCCCCUCAGGUCCAGAAGGAACCCAUUAUCAUCGACUUGCUCUCGGAUUCAGACGACGACGAAGAAGAAGCACCCCCGCCGCCCCAAAGCCAACUUGGACUCCAACAAAUGGACGGGAUCGCUAAGUCCGAGCCCGAGAGACAUCUAAUAGCGGGUACGCUAGUCUCGAACGUUCAGCCUGGCCAAAGAUCCGUCAAGGUUCAGCAAGAGUCCGACGGGUCCGACGAGUCCGACGAGUCCGCAGAAGACGAGGAAGAAGAAGACGGAGAGGGAGAACCGCUUUCUGAUGACGAGCCGCUUGUUGACGAGAAUGGAAGCAGCGAAUCUGAGAGUGAUAAGGCAAGCGGAAACGACGGCGAUAUGGACGUGGAUGAGCCAACAAAUGCUGGAGCAAGUAAUGACGUGGAACCGAGCAGCGACAUCGAGGUCCCAUAUCGCCUAAUCGCCAGCGUACCGGAGGUGGAAGAGGCGGAUUCGAGUCCUGGCCAGUCGCGAAGUCAAAGCGAAGUCGACGAAGGCUCCAACGUCGAAGAGACUACUGCAAAAGUGGACUCCAUGGCUGAAAAGACACAACAAGCACAGGCAGAGACCGGGCAAGCACUCGGUGAUGAAGAUGAUGCGAUGAGCGAGGAUGGACACGAGGCAGACAAUAGGGCUGGAUCCUCUCAGCCAGAGCCUAUCGACUUGCCUGCGACGUUUCAGACACAAUCGAGGGAUGUAGCUGCAUCUUUCGAGACGCAAGUCAUGGAUUCGACUCCAGCCAAUAUUUCGUCGUCGCCCUUAGGCCGACCACCAAGUUCGGAGACCUUACACAUGCACCCGGUCGAUCUAAACGCGUCAUUCCAGACACAGACGGGAGACGUAGCUGCGUCUUUCCAGUCACAAGUGCUGGAGCCGGCCAUGUCACCCAACCUCUCAUCUCCGCCACAGCGGCAAGAACCCAGCCCUCAGGCGGCAGAGGACACCUUGAUGGACGACGGCCAGCCCGAUGGCACAGAUGGGCAUCGAAAUUCCGGCUCUGGGGAGGACGCGUCUGAUGAAGUGCUAAGCGACGACGGAGCGGGACAGCCGUCAGGUCAAGGGCCGAGGCUUUCCGGCGACGAACCGGGAGAGAGAGGCACCGAUGAAAUGGACAUAACGCCGAAUAUUCAAAACGAGGCCUCGGAAUCUAAGAGCUUCGAAGGCUUCUCCGAUGACCCGCAGGAGGCACCGCCAUCACCGCCUGAAUCCCAGCAUCGAGAAGGUCGCGUUACGAGAUCGAUGGACGUCUCCAUGACUACAGUCUCCAGCCACGUCGAAACACAAGUCACCGACAAGGAGGUAGCGAUCAUCCAGACGCAGGACACGGAGGUUGUGCUCUCGCAACCUGAUGUGUCCAGAGAGGAGAAGGAGUUGAGUGUCCGGAACAAGAAGGUUGCCACGACAGCAGAGGAAGCAGUGUCGGCCCCCGGAGAGCUCGAAAGUGAUGCCGAAAGUAUUAAGGAUGGACGAGCGGCAUCUCAUGACGAAGCUCAACUAGACGAAAACGAAGAUCUCGCCAUUUCGGAAGCCGCAUCAGAGCCGUUAGAGAACGAGAUCGUUGCGGUCUCGUCCCCGACGCAACCGGCUGACCCAGAGGAAGCAGAAGAACCGAAACCGACCGGCGUUGCUGGAAAAGAAGUCGCCCACGCCCUCAGUGACGAGGAAGACUUUCACGACGCUUCCGAGCUGCUUCAGAUGGACGAGUCGCCCAGCGUGGCACACUUUGACGACCGUGCCAGCUUCGUGACGGCCAACUCCCAGGCUUCUGAGUCCAGGGAAACAGAGGAAGCGGAGUCUCCCUCGGUGCGCAAAUCAAAGCGUAGUUCUAGAAUCCGCACACUGCGUGAGGAAUCCAACAUCCAAUUCGCGAAGCCGCCUCGUGGCUCGAAGCGAGGAUCACGCGUAUUAUCCGACCAGUCGCCCAGCCCGCGCACGACGCGUAGCCAGACAAUGAGCUUUCAGAAGACCGAGAGCCCGACUCAUGAGCAGGAAGACAUGUUCGCUCGUGCUGGUCUCCGGUCUCCGUCCAGGAGGAAGGCUUCUGCCACAUCGGCGAACAAGGCCAAGAACAAGGCCAAGCCGAAGGACGACCUGGUCAAGCGUCUCGACACCGAAAUGCCAGAGUGUGCUCCGCUCAAGGAUCUCAAGUCUUACAACAUGAACACUCUUGACAUCGCGGCCGUUGUCACCAGCACCAACACCACUCCGCAGCGCACUAAAGCACGGCAAUACGUGUCGUCUUUCACCAUUUGCGACCCGUCCACCGCCCCUGAAGGCGUGAUCGAAGUCUCGCUCUUCCGCGCCCACAAAGACUACCUGCCUGUUGUGAAGCCGGGCGACUCUAUCCUUCUGCGCCACUUCACCGUGACGUCGCUUCCCGAUAGGGGCUUCGGACUGAGAACGGAGGACGAGUCUAGCUGGGCUGUUUUUGACACUGACGGCGAGGACGCGACCCCGCAGGUCCGUGGCCCGCCAGUCGAGCUGAGCGAGAAAGAGAAGAGCUACCUCGUUGAUCUGAGGGCGUGGUCUGCGGCGCUGGAUGAGGGCGCGAAAGGCAAGCUGGCGGAGGCUGUUGGGGAGAUGGUGCAGAAGGGGAAGGAGAGUCGCGGCGAGAAGUGA